GCCACAGCCCCGCCUCUGCCACAGCCUGCACCGCCACUCCAGCCUCUUAUCAAUGAUCUUAUCUUAUCUGGCUCUUAUCUUUUCGGCCGUGGAGUCAUCCGGCUCCGAGACUUCUCUCUCAUCUCCCCCUUACUGGACUUCCCCUUCGCAUCGCACAACCGCCCCCAAACCUAAACCAGCUGUACAACACAGCACCGCUAUUGCGGUCCGAUGUUGUAUCGCCGCGAUGGAAACCACAAGAUGCCCUUACCCGGCAGUGUCACAUCAACCCAGUCUACCACAAAUAGCUCAACCGCGAAAUAUGCUUUCCCAUCUUGCCAAAGCUCAAUAUCACGAAUGCCACCCCUCCGCCGCCAUCGCCAUCUGAGCUUAAAUGGAUCGAUAACGACAAAUAGUACCACGCAUUUCGCUCAGUCGCAAAUUUAUUCGCCAGAGUCACAAGCUCGCAACCGUCGCAUACAGCUGCCAAGUCUACUGGAACCAUUCAUUGCCUGCCGGGAGGAGAUUACUCUGGAAAGAAGGGGCGGAGGGAUGGCAUCAUUCUCUGCGACAACACCAUCACUUGCACUCUUGUGGUGGACGAAACACGACAAUACGUCAAUUGGAUCCAUUCUACCGUUUUCCUCCCCAGAUCAUCCACCGUUUUGCCAAAUGUGGCUCUAUGCCUAGCGCCAGCGCCACACGGCAUCCCGCUUCCACCCCGCUCCUGACGUCGCAUGGGCCGCCAGGUUUGCGGCCCC